AUGAGUGUUGAACCGAAAGGCACGCCUUAUGCCAAUGAAAAUGUCCAUCUUCUGAGUAGGAGUCGAACGGAAGUACCCCAAGAGGCCUUGGAAACCGAGCCAGUAUCCGAGUCGGCUGUCAUUAAAAGACCAGUUUCUAUUGGAGGCGCUGCAGUCGUCGUCGAAAGUUCAGCAACUGGCAUGGAAGUACCUACAGCGAGGAAAAAGCUUAGUGAAAGCCGUCAAGUGAAGUUACCGACGAUAUCUGUGGGGGAGAGACCCGCUGUAUCAUUUGCGGAUCCGCUAAGUGCUAAUAUCAAGAAAACGCCUCCUCUUUCGAUCUCUCCUCUUGGAUACACUUUGCAUCAUAUUCCUCAAUCAGCUGAUUAUCGUAAGAAGAAGAAUGAUGUGGUAUCGAUGCGAGUAUAUGUCUCCCAAUUUGUUCGUAUGGAUACACCUGAUCGUGAUGACAGCAACUAUGCCGGCAUUCAAUUCAAUAUACCUGGUGGACGAAACGCAACUGCUGAAUACAUUGUGGAACUAAUGGGAGCAGAAUAUGGCAUUGAUAGAGCAAUUGCCAAGGAGGCGUUUUCAUUAUGGAUGAUCUC